AUGUAUUUGGCGAAAUUUCUCGCUGUUGGCCGUGAUAUUCAGCCUCAUGAGCGAACCUUGGCCCGCAACAAGAUAAAAGAAGUGUACGAGACCUUUUUGGCCUGGUCAAAAGAAGAAUUAGACGAGCCCUUUCGAACUGCAAGGAUGAUCCGACUGUUAUCUCGGCAUGCAGAGGACAAGGUCUCGUCAGAAUACUUUACGAACGAUAGCGGAGAUCCAAGUGCUACCGUAGUUGACGAUAGCCUAAGAAUUGCGAGGAAAAUACGUGAGCGCACAGCUGCCACUCCCGCGAUUGCUGAUGACACAGAAGGCCAGCCAAGGCUUCCCCGACCCGACACUCUAUCAUCCGAUUGGAAUGACUGGCUUCCGAAUACAUAUGACGACCUUUUUGCGUUUCUAGCCUCACCUUCAAAUAAUUACUUUGACGAGCAAUGGAUAUAG